AUGGAGAAGCUCCUGCACUUCAUCUUCUUGGUCUUCUUCUCAGCAUCCUGUGCCACAGAGAACAUCACUGUGGUGUACGGGAUGGAGGGGGGCACCAUUUCUGUCAACUGCACCUACAACCCCUGGCAGCAGCGGUGGAGAGAGAAGAGCUGGUGCAAGCAGAUCGACGAGACCAAGUGCCAACACGUGGUGAGCGCCCGCCGCUUCUGGCUGCCGUUCCUAAAGAACAGGAAUGGCAGCACCUCCAUAAGCGACAACGUCCAUGACGGGGUCCUGACGGUGACCAUGAAGCAGCUCAAGAAGCAGGAUGCUGGGUUGUACCAGUGCCAAACUGAGUACCUGGGGGAAAUGAACAGCUUGAGGAAGGUGCGAGUGGAAGUGCUGACAGCUGUCCUGGAGACCCAGAUGCCAGAGGACCCCAGAGCUGUGCAGAGCAUCUCCAGCAUCCCUGCUGAAGCUGAUUUCACUGCCUUCUCCAUCAUCGCUGGGUUCCUGGUUACGAAGUUCAUGGUGGCUGUGCUGAUCUUUAUCAUUGCCAACUGUAGGAAGAACAGAGAAGCAGAGCAGAAGAACCCAAACUGGAAUGAGCAUCAGGUCCUCCCUUUUGCUGGUGACUUUGCACGUGAUGGCCACAGCCCCUCCUGGGAGAGCACUGCUUAG